AUGAGGACGGUCCUCCUCAGUCGUUUUUGCUUUCGACGCGGGAUCCAACGUAUCCCGCGACAUCAUUUCACAUCAUGGCAACCUACCAAGCAAGUCCCGCGGCGGGGCCGGAUCAUCAGCGGACUGGUGAUGACCGCUUUGGCACCCAGCGCAUUCCUCAAGUUGGCAGAGGCAGAUCACCCUGAGAAGACGGGUGAAAUGCAAAUGCUUGAGGCUUCACGCGAUGAGAUCCGGAAAGCUGUUUCUCCAGACGCCCGGGGCUUAUCGCGGGUCUGGCAAUCCCUCUCUGUCACAUUCUACUACUAUGUCUAUGACCCAAUCGCUACCGGAUUGAGAUUCUUGCACCUAUUCGUGAUUUUCAUGCCGGUUGUAGUAACCGUGCCUGCUAUCUGGAUUGGCCGGGCUGUUGAAACUAGAAAUGGGGCGCAAUCGGGUACAAUCUGGUGGUAUCGGUUCUUGGUCAAGGCGAUGGAGCGCGCUGGACCUGCUUUUAUCAAGCUUGGUCAAUGGGCUGCUUCACGAACUGAUAUAUUUCCUCCGGAAAUGUGCGCCGUCAUGUCCUCACUCCAUUCCAAUGCGCCCGCUCAUUCCCUUCGCGAUACCAAGCGGACAAUCCGAAAGGCAUUCAAUGGUCUUCCAUUUGAAGAGAUCUUUGAGGAGUUCGACGAAAAGCCUUUGGGCGUUGGUGCCAUUGCACAAGUCUAUAAAGCGAAACUCAAACCGAGCCUAGCGACUACAAACCAGGAGCUAGGUCAUGAGCCGAUCACCUUGGGAGAGAAGAUGCGCAAGAACGUCGACGUGCUAGUCAAGGACUCACCACAUCGUGUACCAUCAUCAUAUGUCGCGAUCAAAGUAUUACAUCCCCGAGUCGAGAAGAUGAUUCAUCGUGAUCUACGCAUCAUGUCCUUCUUCGCUUCUUUGAUAAAUGCCAUUCCAACGAUGCACUGGCUCUCCUUCCCAGAUGAGGUUCAACAGUUCGGUGAGAUGAUGAAACUUCAACUGGAUAUGCGUAUCGAAGGCACCAACCUCGUCAUGUUCCGAGAGAAAUUCAAGUCCCGAAGCACCGCCUGGUUCCCAUACCCUUACCUGGACUAUACAACUCGCGAAGUGCUGGUCGAGGAAUUUGCUCAGGGUAUCCCGCUAGCCACGUUUCUGGAAAUCGGAGGAGGCGUUUACCAACAUGAGAUUGCCAAUGAAGGCCUCGAUGCCUUUUUACACAUGCUUCUAAUCGAUAACUUUGUCCAUGCCGAUCUACACCCUGGAAAUAUCAUGGUUCGGUUUUACAAGCCUAGCGAACUCGAUCUAUCCCUUCGCAAGCAUUCGCGUGCCACCGAUGCGCCGACACGAGCUGAAGUAGACGUGACCGAGUCUGUGCUUGCACGAUUACGUCCCCAUAUUGGCCAUCAAGAACAGUGGGAUUCCGCACUGGCUCAGCUUAAUAAUGAAGGAUAUCGCCCACAGCUUAUUUUCAUUGAUACCGGUCUGGUUACUGAGUUGAACGACACCAAUCGGCGAAAUUUCCUGGAUCUUUUCCGAGCCAUUGCUGAGUUUGAUGGAUAUAGAGCUGGUCAACUUAUGGUUGAGCGAUGUCGCACACCCGAACAGGUCCUCGAGCCAGAGAUUUUCGCUCUCAAAAUGCAACAUCUUGUGUUGAGCAUUAAGACACGUACAUUUGCUCUUGGAAAUAUCAAGAUUGGCGAUGUGCUGAGUGAGGUCUUAACAAUGGUCCGCGGCCAUCACGUCCGGUUCGAAGGUGACUUUGUGAAUGUCGUGAUAUCUUGCCUCCUACUUGAAGGCAUUGGGAGAAGUUUGAAUCCAGAUCUAGACUUGUUUAAGAGUGCCCUUCCUAUUCUCCGACAGCUGGGCUCUGGCGCCACCUUCUUGCAAACGGUCCGUUCAGGCGACACCUCGAUGCUUCGUGUCUGGGUUGGCUUGGAGGCUCGUGGAUUGCUGCAGGCCAGCAUUGAGAGUGUCGAGCGGUGCGUCAAGUACGAUCAGUUGUCGCCAAAUAUCUGA